CGAAAAGGCUAACUUUCAUGUUCAGGCAACUGAAAGUGAACUGAAUGAGUUAACGUUAGGACAAUGGAGAAGGUGUUAUGUGAUGUCCACGGCAGCGUGUGUAUGUUAAAAACGGGCGUUAAAGACGGACCAAAUAAAGGCAGAAGCUUCUACGUCUGUGUUGACAAGCAAGGCUGUGACUUCACUCACGUGGCCCGAAUCUCCCCGUCCCACUGCCUCCAACAUGAAGACUCGAUGGUGGAGCUCCAGGCUCUCACCUACAGUCUACAACAGCAGAGCCACAGGUUGUACUACAGAUGCAUUGUGGGUAAAAAAGCAGCCCAGAAGUGGUGUGGAAACGUUCCGUGGACUGCACCCGAGAAGGAAAAGAGAAACCCUCUAUCCGACACGCAGCUGCAGCCAUCUUGCCUGCCGCCCGUCCGAAACCCCUUCAAAGCCUCCGGCAAGAUGGACGAGGACUCUGAGUGGAGGAGGAUGCAGCGUGGUGGGAGCGAGGAGAAGAGGAACGAGGAGAAGAGGAGCGAGGAGAGAGACGGCGGGGCGAGUCACAAGGCCGAGGGAGGAGAAAGUCGUCAGAAGGAAAACUCGGCGGAUUCAUCAUACCGAGGCAAACGACUUCCACCGGGGAUGAAGGUAAAGAAGAGAGUUUCAGAUGAGGAGAAGAGUCCCAAAGCUAGCGGUGUGGAGAAACUGACCGAUAAAGUGAAAGACAAGACUGAAGAGAACCACACUGAGACGGGAAGAGCAGGAAACGUGGUUUCUACCUCCAGUGUCAAGGCUGUUCAUCCAGAGAAAAAGAAUCCAGCCUCACGGGAUCCUCACAAGGACUCAACUCAACAACCAACCGAGGGUGGAACCGGUCUGGUUGAACAAACUACAAAAGAGAGCGUCUCUAAAUCUGCACCCAGGAGCAGCAGAGACUCUGAUAAAACCAGGAAGUCCAGUCCAACCCAAAUCCACCAAGUCGACGAUGACGACGACGACGAUGAUGUCGUGGUGGUGUCGGUGAAACCCGCUGCUCAGAAAACUCCUCCUGUCUCUGCCGUUCAGAAGACGCUGACCGCCUUCGCUGGGUUCCAGCCGGCGUCUAAAGUCAAGGGUCAGCCGGAAGACCUGCACGACCUCCACACGGCUCAGCUCCAGCAGAAGAAGGCGACUCUGUCGGUGGUGAACGUGGCGGCUCUGCCAGAUAAAGGGGAGCGUCUGAGGACUCAGGUGAAAGAUCUGGAGGACGCUCUGGAGUCUCUGAGCCUCACUGCUGCUGCUCAGCCUGGGUCUCAGGAUGGAGGUGACGGCGGUGAUGCCGGUCUGGGUAGCAGCCAGGUGAACCCUUUCAGCCGGCAGGGCGGCACCAUCCUGCUCCCGGCCCCCCCAGCACCGGGCCCCUCCCAGCACCAGGCCUCCAGCAGCUCCCUGGGGCUCCAGCUGAGUCAGGGGUCCACACAGAUGUAUGGAGCAAACCCAGAGGUCCAGGCCUUUUACGGAGGCAGGAUGACCAACGACCGUCUGCUGGCGGUGAAAAACGCGACAUGUGAGACCAUCGACCAUCUCCACAAGUCCAUGGAGUCCUGCCCCGACGCUGAGGCCGAGGUCCCGGACCCCAAAGGCAUCAAGGUGUUGCUCCUGGCCCAUCAGAAGAGAGCGUUGGCCUGGCUGCUCUGGAGAGAGAACCAGAAUCCCUGCGGAGGAAUUCUGGCGGAUGACAUGGGUCUGGGGAAAACCUUGACUAUGAUCGCUCUCAUACUGGCCAAGAAGAUCAAAGCUAAAGUGGAAGUUGAGAAGAAGGAAGAGAAGAAGCUGGAGGGCUGGAUCUCCAAAUCCGACUCCGGCCUCGUGGUUUCUAAAGGCACCCUGAUCAUCUGUCCCGCCUCCCUGAUCCACCACUGGAAGAGGGAGAUCGAACGACACGUGAAGACGGGCAAGCUGACGGUGUACCUGUACCACGGACCCAACCGGGAGAAAAGGGCCAAAGUGCUGGCUGAUUUUGACGUGGUGGUGACCACGUACAGUCUGGUCUCUAAGGAGAUCCCAGUCCAGAAGGGGGACGCUGAAAACCCCUGCAAAGAUGCUGAUGAAGUGCCGCCACGCUCCGCUCCUCUUCUGCGAGUGACCUGGGCCCGGCUGGUUCUGGACGAAGCCCACAACAUCAAAAACCCCAAAGUGCAGACCUCCAUGGCCAUCUGUCAGCUGAGGGCUGGAGCCCGCUGGGCUGUGACUGGUACACCGAUCCAGAACAACCUGCUGGACAUGUACUCGCUGCUCAAGUUUCUGCGUUGUUCUCCGUUUAAUGAGUUCAAAGUGUGGAAAGCUCAGGUGGACAACGGCUCGAACCGAGGCAGAGAGAGACUCAACAUCCUGACGAAGACUCUGCUGCUCCGACGGACCAAAAACCAGCUGGACUCAAAGGGAAAACCGCUGGUGUCUCUUCCGGACCGGACCUGCGAGGUGCAUCGACUCAAACUGUCCCAGGAUGAACAGGCCGUGUACGAUGUGGUCUUCGCCCAAUCCAGGUCGACUCUGCAGAACUACCUGAAGAGACACGAAGGGAGCGAUGUGACGAAGGGAAACGCUUCCAGUUCUAAUCCCUUUGACAAAGUGGCGCAGGAGUUUGGUGUCUCUCAGACUGACGCCGCUGUGUCGACUUCCCAGCAGCCCCAGCAGGCGUCCAGCACCGUCCACAUCCUGUCUCUGCUGCUGCGCCUCCGUCAGUGCUGCUGUCACCUGUCGCUGCUGAAGAAGGUACACACACACACAC